AUGGAGGACCAGGUAGCGAAUGCCAUUGAAAUUGCCUGGAACCCCUCCUCCGACCAAGCGCUCAAGGCACAGGCAUUUGAAUACCUCAACCAGCUCCGAACAAGCCCCUCAGGAUGGCACGUGUGCCUGUCCAUCUUCACCAAAUUACCCCGUCACUCGGAGGUUGUCCGCCAUUCUGCUCUGGAAAUCGUCAGCAGUGCUACACAGACCGGCCUAGUGGACAUGCAGGGGCUUGGAUAUAUCAAGGACACCAUGAUGGAUUACCUCCGCCGGAUGUAUGGCCUCGGCCCAGCCGCUCAGAUGGACCCUGCUAGUAUCCAAAAUAAGGUGGCCCAAACGUUGACGUAUCUUUUUUCCGCCCUCUAUGUCAACGGAUGGGAAACCUUUUUUGACGAUCUUAUUCGUUUAACGUACAAAAGCCCCCAGAGCUCGUCCAAGGAUAAUUCCCCGGGGAUCGUAUUCUACCUCCGAGUCAUCAACUCAAUCCAUGCCGAGAUCGGAGAUGUGCUGGUUUCGAGAUCACGGGUCGAACAGGACAAAGCAAAUCUGCUGAAGGACCUUAUACGCCAGAGGGAUGUGCAGAAAAUUGUUAGCUCCUGGCAGGAAAUUCUAUCUCAGUGGCAGAAUGGGAGUGACCAGAUAGCGGAGAUAUGUCUAAGAGCCAUUGGCAGUUGGGUUAGCUGGAUCGAUAUCUCGCUAAUCGUCAAUCAGUCUAUGCUUGACCUGCUCUUCCAACAGCUUGUCAGAGCAAAGGAUGUUAAUCUCCCUGAGGGUGGGGAGAAAGUCCGGGAUGCAGCAAUCGAUGUAUUUACGGAGAUCGUGGGAAAGAAGAUGAAGCCGUCGGAUAAGAUCGAUAUGAUCGUGUUCCUCAGUUUGGAGAAUAUCGUGGCUCAACUUACCGCGAGCCCUCCGCUGCAUGAUCACCGCUUUACCUCCAAAUACGACACCGAUCUAGCAGAAACGGUGGCUAAGCUAGUUAAUAUGACAACGAUUGAUAUAGUCCGGGUUUUGGAUAAUGACAUAGUCGACUCCACCACUAAGGAAAAGGCCGAGACUCUUCUACAAGGAUUUCUUCCACAUAUCCUCCGAUAUUUCGCAGACGAGUAUGAUGAGAUAUGCUCCACUGUUAUCCCCUCUAUGAACGACCUCCUCUCCUACUUCCGCAAAAGCACGAAAAAGAAUCCCGCGCUUGUCCCUCAGCAAACCACCAUGCUAAUGCCAAUCCUAAAGGCUAUCAUUACUAAAAUGAGAUAUGAUGAAACCUCGACAUGGGGUGAUGAGGAUGAGCAAACGGACGAAGCCGAGUUCCAGGAGCUCCGAAAACGGCUAAACGUACUUCAACAAAUCAUUGCGUCUACAAACGAACAGCUUUACAUGGAUGUUGUGAGUGGAGUGGUCGGGACCACUUUUGACGGUAUGAGGCAGCCUGGCACGCAGGUUGAUUGGAGGGAUCUAGAUCUUGCCUUGCAUGAGAUGUUCCUUUUUGGGGACCUAGCUGUGAAAUCGGGAGGCUUGUACGUCAAAAAUAAAUUGAAUAAUCCCGCAGCGGAAAGGCUGGUGGAAAUGAUGCGAAGUAUGGUUGAAGCUGAUAUUAGGUCGUUUACCCAUCCGGUAACCCAACUCCAAUUCAUGGAAAUCUGUGUGCGCUAUAGCUCCUUUUUCGAUCAUCAUGUCCAUCUUAUUCCAGGCGUCCUAGAAAGCUUCCUACAAUUAGUUCAUCACCCAGUUAAGAAGGUCAGCACGAGAUCGUGGUACCUUUUCCAUCGGCUCGUUAAGCAUCUACGAAACCGCAUUGGGAAUGUUGCGGAAACCGUCAUCAAAGCUCUCAGUGAUCUUCUUGUCAUCCGGGCAGAAGUACCUCAAGAAGGAUCUGAUGGUGAUGACAUGUCAUCGGAAGAUCACGAAGGGUCUGCCGAUGCUGUAUUCAACAGCCAGCUAUACCUUUUUGAAGCUAUUGGCCUUAUUUGCUCUACCACUUCAGUCCCUGUUGACCAACAAGUCGUCUACGCCCAGUCUGUCAUGAAUCCGAUCUUUAUGGAUAUGGAAAGACACCUGGGAGCUGCAAAGGAAAACGACGAGCGAUCUAUCUUACAAAUUCACCAUGAUAUAAUGGCGCUGGGAACGCUCGCUCGGGGAUUCUCGGACUGGACCCCAGGUACCACGACACCUACGUCACCCCCAGCACCAGAAAUAUCUGAUUCUUUUAGCCAGGUAUCCGAGGCGACCUUGGUGGCUCUUGAGUCUCUGAAGUCGUCGUUUAAUAUUAGGACUGCAGCGAGAUUUGCGUUCUCCAGACUUGUUGGCGUCCGCGGUUCCCAGGAUUUACAUCAACUGCCACGGUGGAUUGAUGGGUUAAUGACCGAAACAUCCUCAAAAGAUGAGAUGGCUUUGUUUUUGCGCUUACUAGAUCAGAUUGUUUUUGGCUUCAAGACUGAGAUUUACGGUAUACUCGACACCCUCUUAACUCCCUUCCUCCAGCGGGUAUUCGCGGGAAUUUCUGAUCCCACAACUGGCACGGACGAUGAGAUUCAACUUGCGGAACUAAAGCGGGAGUAUCUCCACUUUUUGCUAAUUCUCCUGAACAAUAACCUUGGAACGGUCAUAAUUAGCAGCACAAACCAAUCAAUCUUCGAAACCGUUAUAACCACUAUCGAACAUUUUGCAAGGGACGUUGAUGAUUUCCCUACGGCUAAGAUGGCAUUCUCAGUCCUGUCCCGUAUGUCCAGCCUAUGGGGUGGGCCAGAUAUCAACCAACCGGCCAACGGUUCCAACGGCAAUAUCUCCAUCCAGCCUGCACUGCCAGGUUUCGCUCAGUUCAUGAUCACCCGCUUCUCCCCCCUAUGCUGGUCACUUCCCAUGACUCCCAGCUUCAAUCCAAAGGAUGCACAGGCAAAACAAGUCCUAGGAGAGGCGUCUACGUUGCAAAAAGUCAUAUAUUUAAAGACGGGGCAGGAGUAUGUUGAUUGGCUUAGAGGGAAAGAAUUGCCCGAGAUGGGAAUGGGAGGAGAUCUUAUCAAUGAGUAUGUCGGAUCCUUGGAGCAGCUAGAUAUAAAAGGAUUCCGACAAUUUUUCCAGGUAUGA